CUCACCAACGACUUUCUCCAGGGAUUGUGUGUCCACAGCCAAGCCAAUCCAAACUAGUCCGCCACAACGGAAAAGACGAGCUGUGUAGUGUUUUUGGGUUGCCAGGGAAAGAGAUACUCACUUUGGUUCGUUCCUUGGUUUGAAGCGACGGACUGCAAGAGCGAGCACCGGAAUCCUUAGUGCCGGUCCAACGCACGAACGCAACGCGGUGAGCGUUGAACGUACACUCCGCGCUCCCUCGUCCGAGGCUAGUCGCAAUAGCUGUUAAAUUCUCCCGCAACUCUACCGUGUCGCAACAUUCGCAACCACACCAACCAUCACAGUUUGGUUCCAACCAUCCAUCCAUCCAUCCAUCCAAGUAUGGUCCCCGAUCCGUAUCGAACGCUCGAUCUGCCGCACACGGCAAGUCCGGCAGAAAUUAAAACAAGGUAUCGUCUUUUGGCUCGACGGUACCAUCCAGAUCGAGUGACGACUGCCUCCAAGGCAGAGCAGACCGCAGCCACCGACAGAUUUUCUACGAUUGCCUCAGCGUAUGCCCUGCUUGCCGACGAACGCACGAAAGCCCAAUACGAUCACGUCUACCGGUACGGAGGCCAUGAUGUGGAGCAGCCAGUUAGCGGCUCCUCGCGGAGUACAGCACAGCGUAGGGCACACUCCGACACUGUGUCCAGAAAAGGGAUCGGCUAUACCUGCACCAAUCCACUCGCGUACUUGUGGACGCAGGGGAAAGUGUACUCGACCAGGACCAUGGCGGGUGUCUCCUUACCGAGUCGCUUUCCAAUGCCUGGCUCUGGGACCCAAAAUAUUCAGUUUGCCUUUUCGUCGGGACAAUACUACCGAAACGGCAACGGGGAACGGCAGUAUGUUUCCCGGACAACGCAAUUUCUCGACGGUAAAAAAGUCACGCGCGUCGAGACGACCACCAUUCAUGCGGACGGGCGCCGAGACGUGACAACUGUGGAUGACGACCGGGGAACGACAACACGACACUUUAAAUCACCAUCGCAAAAAGGAUCCAACGCCACCUGCUCAUUGCAACAAAAUCAGCAGGCCUCCGUAAACGAGCACUGGUUUGUCCAUGCCUGGCAUGACUUCAAGGACAAAGUGUCCAUGUGCUACAAUCCGUGCACCGAUGUGGCGGCAGCCGAAUGA